CCACACCUUCCAGCAGCAGCACAGACUUGCUUCUGACACUUCUGUGAUCACCAGUAAGCUUCAAGACCUGACAUCAUGGUGCAUUUUACUGCUGAGGAGAAGGCUGCUAUCACUGGCCUGUGGGGCAGAGUGAAUGUGGAAGAGGCUGGAGGCGAGGCUCUGGGCAGGCUCCUGGUUGUCUACCCCUGGACCCAGAGGUUCUUUGACAACUUUGGCAACCUGUCCUCUCCCUCUGCCAUAAUGGGAAACCCCAAGGUCAAGGCCCAUGGCAAGAAGGUGUUGACAUCCUUUGGAGAUGCUGUUAAGAACAUGGACAACCUCAAGGGCGCCUUUGCUAAGCUGAGUGAGCUGCACUGUGACAAGCUGCACGUGGAUCCUGAGAACUUCAGGCUCCUAGGCAACGUGCUGGUGGUUGUGCUGGCUCGCCACUUUGGCAAGGAAUUCACCCCGGAGCUUCAGUCUGCCUAUCAGAAGGUGGUGACCGGUGUGGCUACUGCCUUGGCCCACAAGUACCAUUGAGAUCCUGGCCUAUUUCUUGGUGACCAUCGGAAGACCAUAUUUCCCUAGAUUCUAUUUUCUGAACUUGGGGAAAUAAUGUCUACCCUCAAGGGUAUGGCUUCUGCCUAAUAAAGAACUUUCAGCACAA